AUGGUGACCAAGUUCUACCAACACAUCCUGGCCUUGGCAUUUGCCAUAAAUGAAAUAAAUGAGGAUUCCAAGAUCUUACCCAAUAUCACGCUUGGAUUCCAUAUCUGUGAUAGCUACAAUGAUGCAAUGAUGACCUAUCGGACCACUCUGGACCUUCUUUUCAAGAUGCGCAGUCUUUUACCUAAUUAUGAAUGUGAUUCUGGGAAAAAGCUUAUUGCUGUUAUUGGCGGACUUGGUUCCGUUGUCUCAUUCCAUAUGGCAAACCUUUUAAGUCUUUAUAAGAUCCCACAGCUUACUUAUGGCUCCUUUGCUCAAGAUGAGAGCCAUAUUACACCAUCCCAAGCUCUAUACCGUAUGGUUCCAAAUGAAGCCAGUCAGUAUAGGGGAAUUAUCCAGUUACUUCACCAUUUCGGGUGGACAUGGAUUGGGUUCUUCAUCACUGAUGAUGACAGUGGAGAACAUUUCAUACAGAUGUUAGAACCCCUGCUUUCCCAGAAUGGAAUCUGUUCAGCAUUCACAACAAAAAUCCCAAAAGCAGAGUUGGAUGAUAUCUUCAGUGUUAACAGGAAAGUCUGGAAUAUUUAUCUACCGAUGACUAAUGUCAAUGUUAAUACAAUUGUUGUUUAUGGAGAAAACUUGUCCAUGAUAUUGCUGAGCAAUUUUAUGCUUCAAGCAACUCAUGAUAAUUCAGAUAUAUUCUUUCAAAGGGUAUGGGUUAUGACUGCCCAGAUUGAUUUUGGGAUGACAAGAAUUCAGAUGGGCUCAGAUUUGCAAGUGUUUCAAGGAGCCAUUUCUUUUACUGUUCACUCCCAUCAACUGCCCAAGUUCCAGAAAUUUCUUCUGGCCCUAGACCCAUGUCAAGCUGAAGGAAAUAAUUUUCUGGAUGUCUUCCUGGAGCAAGCUUUUAACUGUUUAUUUCAAUGUCCAAAGAAGAUGGAAGUCACAGAAGUACGUUCUUGGGAAGAGAGCUUGAAAAAACUUCCUGGAACUCUGUUCGAAAUGCACAUGACUGGUCCUAGCUAUAGCAUCUACAAUGCGGUCUAUGCUAUAGCACAUGCUUUACAUUCCAUGGAGUUAUUUAGAUCCAAACUCACAUCAAAGAGUGGUAUGAAAAGGACCAAACUUCAAAGUCUUCAGCCUUGGCAGCUUCAUCUAGUUCUUCAAUCUAUUGUGUUCAACAAUUCUGCUGGGGAAACAGUGUUCUUCAAUGGAAGGAAGGAAAUGGGUGGUGGAUUUGAUAUCACAAACUUAAUCACAUUCCCAAAUAACUCCUUCGUUAGAGUGCAAAUUGGAACAGUGGAUCCUGAAGGGAAAAAUCUCAAUAUUGAUGACUCAUCAAUUAUGUGGCCCCAGCGUUAUAAGCAGGUACAACCAGUUUCCGUAUGUUCUGAAUCUUGCCCUCCAGGGUAUCAGAAGAAAAAAAGAGAAAAGGAUAAAUUUUGCUGUUAUGAUUGCACACCAUGCCCAGAAAGGAAGAUCUCAAAGUUGAAGGAUACGAUUGAUUGUAUUGAAUGCCCAGAAGAUCAGUAUGCUACCAAGAACAGGGAUGGAUGCAUCCCCAAAACAAUAAGCUUUCUUUCUUAUGAGGAACCUUUAGGAAUCAGUUUAAUGUCAGUGGCAGUUUCCUUUUCUUUGAUAACAGUGUUGGUGUUGGGAACAUUCAUUAAGCACAGAGAUACCCCUAUUGUCAAAGCCAACAACCGGGAUCUCACCUACAUUCUUCUUAUCUCCCUUCUUCUUUGCUUCUUGUCUUCUUUGCUCUUUAUUGGACAGCCAAGGGAAGCAACUUGCUUUCUCCGACAAUCUGUUUUUGGCAUCAUAUUCUCUGUGGCUAUUUCUUCUGUACUGGCCAAAACUAUCACUGUGGUGGUAGCAUUUAUGGCCACCAAACCAGGAUCCAAGAUGAGGACAUAUAUGGGAAAAAGAUUGUCAAGCUCUAUUGUCAUUUCCUGCUCUCUGGUUCAAGUAGUUACUUGUAUUGUCUGGGUGACAACCUCACCUCCAUUCCCAAAUUUAGAUAUGUACUCAGUCCCUGGAGAAAUUGUAGUAGAAUGUAAUGAAGGAACCACCAUUCUGUUUUAUCUUGUCUUGGGUUACAUGGGAUUCCUAUCCUUUAUCAGCUUUACAGUGGCUUUCCUAGCCAGGAAGUUGCCAGAUACUUUCAAUGAAGCCAAGUUCAUCACUUUUAGUAUGUUGGUGUUUUGUAGCGUUUGGUUGUCUUUUGUUCCAACCUAUUUGAGCACCAAAGGAAAGUAUAUGGUAGCUGUGGAGAUCUUCUCCAUCUUAACUUCCAGUGCUGGGUUAUUGGGUUGUAUCUUUUCGCCCAAAUGCUACAUCAUUCUUCUAAAGUCUGAACUAAACAAUUGGUAUUUUUAUUUGAAAAAAAAGGUGGGGUCCAAGAAGAAUAAAUAG